AAUAAGAGAGUAUCAGACUGCACGGUGAGACUGCACACUACCAGAAAAGACUGCACCGUGAGACUGAGAAAUGGCGUCGUUGUGUGGCCCCACCUGCUUCACGAUUCCGGCGACGAAUGGCGGCUUACUUCGCCACCGCACUUCACUGACCACCAGAAGAGGGUGUUUGUCAGUUUCCGGCGGAACCUCCUUCUUCCACACCUCUCCUUCAUCAAAGCGCUCUUUGUCAUUCACAUGCUUGAGCAUUUCUUCUGAUUCCCGAAUAGGAAUUAAGGAAGCUGUUGAAACAGAAAAAGCACCUGCUGCUUUGGGACCAUAUUCUCAAGCAAACAAAGUCAACAACAUUCUUUUUGUCUCUGGUGUACUUGGUCUUGUCCCUGAGACAGGGAAGUUCGUUUCUGAUAAUGUUGAAGAUCAAACUGAACAGCUUCUCAAAAACAUGGGGGAAAUUCUUAAAGCUGGUGGUGCCAGCUACUCAUCAGUUGUUAAGACAACAAUUAUGUUGGCUGACUUGAAGGAUUUUAAGAAAGUCAAUGAGAUAUAUGCUAAAUAUUUCCCUGCACCUUUUCCUGCUCGUUCAACUUAUCAAGUAGCUGCAUUACCAUUGGAUGCCAAGAUUGAAAUUGAGUGCAUUGCAACACUAUAACCACCAAAUUCAGUAGUAUAUCUCUAGCUCCUUCAGCAAACACAUGUCAAUUUAAGCAGUGUUACCAUUUUAAGUUUGAAGUUUUACUUUGGUUUGAUCCCCUUGGAUCAUAGUGCUAUUGUCAUUACAUUUACUUUGGUAUCCCAGUUAUGUCUCUAAUCUUCCUAUUCUCUCUCAAGAUUAUGUUCCUAUUAAAAAGUGAGUGGGGGAAAUCUGUUCUUUGUAGUUUUGAUAAUUUUGUUUUACAUAAGACCAGCUAUGAAUAAAGUUAUCAUUCUUGUUUGAAAUAAGAUCAGAACUA